AUGUCGUCUAAUCCCGGCGCGGCGGUACCGACUCAACGACCGGUUACCUCCAAGUCUCGGGGCAUCUGCAAGUACUACGCCACACAACGUGGUUGCUUUGCUGGAUCUGCGUGCAAAUUCUUGCAUGGGCCAUCAGAGACGUAUACACCUUACGACAAGGCAAAGUCAUGCAGAUUCUUCGCUGCGGGGUUCUGUAAGCGGGGCAGUGAAUGCUGGUUUGCUCACAUCAAGGGAAAGGACAAGGGGGCCAUUGAAGAUGAAGACGAUCUUUGUUCUAUCUGUUUCGAUAAGCCUGUCACGUAUGGUCUACUCACUGGCUGCAGCCAUAUCUUUUGCAUCACUUGCAUCAAGCAAUGGCGAGAUAAGUCGAACAAAUCUGUGGAUGUUGUGGAGUCCGGCAAUACCAAGCGUUGCCCCAUGUGCCGUCAGUCCGCCCGGCAUAUCAUUCCGUCGUCCAAGUUUUACGCUCAAGGCCAAGAAGAGAAGGACGUCGCCAUGGCACGAUAUUUGGCAAGUAUGAACAGAAUACCAUGCAGGUAUUUCCAGCGAUCGCUCGCAACCAAAUCCGGACGGCCUUCCUGUCCCUUCGGAAAGGAUUGCUUUUAUCAGCACCGUAAUUUAGACGGCACGCCGCACAAAUUCUCGGAAGGCCACAACCCGCAUAAUCGACGCGAUCCUUGGUCAAGUUUAUUUGUUCACCGAGUUCCCGACUUUCUGAGAGCGUCCGAAUUGAUACAGACUCUUGAAGGCGUCCGAGUCUUGAACGAUGGGCCUCCGAGUCAUCCAUUCGUAUUUCACAGUCCGGGUGACGAGGUGUCUGUCAUGCGUCAUCGUCUUGACCUUCUGGCUGACCACAUGCUCGCAUCACUCUCUGGAGAAAUAGCGGACUGGACAGCCCAAUUCACUGAUGAGACAAUACCUGCUCUUGAGGCCAUCCCGCAUCCAUCUACAAACCACGCCGAUGCGGAGGGUUCCGUGAAUAACGCAGACGACACGCCCUCCCGAGCCUCUGUGUCUGACAACGUGGAUGAGGCUGAUGAAGAGGCAGAAGAGUCCAGUUCCGAUGUCGAGUUGCUGCUUUCCACCCCCAGUCCCUUGAAUUCUCGCCUGUCCCCGUCUCUAUAUCAUCUUUCACCCGUCGAGCCCCCACCAUCCUCACUUCCCGAAUCUGGCGAGACCGUUAAUAGUGAGAUAGAGUUACAACCGACCGCCCGCGAUCCUCCUUUUGUGACUGACGGUCGAGGAAGGGUCGUUUGGAGCCGUGCAUCACAGCAGAGCGGUCUACUGACUGAACCAGCACCAGGACAACCUGAACCUGGAAGUGCCAGCGAUCACACAGAUCGCAGUAACGUCAACGAUUCGACUGAUUCGUCUCGUUCGUUACUCAGUCGCGCCUGGGGCUCUCUGAUCUGAAGUGGAUGCAACUCAAACCGCACCAGUGAUACAAUUUGUACAACAGAUGACAUAACACGCAUACAUUGCAUUCUAAACUAGUUGGUUAAGAAGAUGUGCCAGACAAAAAACCUAAACAUAAUGUGAGCAUCGAGGGAUGAGACGAGACCGAAUAUAAGAGAAGAGAUCAGCUGGCUGUUCUUAGAUUUUGUAAUUCGUGUAUGUCCCCAUCGCCAGUGGCUUCGGAGUUGGUGUGAAGGUUCACAUCAUACAAGAAACGCAUGGUCCAUAGACUUACAUCUUCACCUGUGGAAAGGGUUAGAUUGAGCUUCAACUUAUGAGAACAGGAGGAAAAUCAGAGGUGCAACUGUUUGGCUUGUGCUCUGCCGUUCGUCACUGCUUAGCUACGACUGGGGCGGCAAAGAACUCAUCCCAUUAUAGAUGGAAACAUGGACUAACCUUUCACACAUCAUAAGAGGAACAUCCAGACACCAUGAAGAGCGAAGAGAUCAAGUCGAGGACUG